UUUAUAUACAUAUUUUAAUUAAUCGUGCGAGUCCAUCUUGGUGGUGAGUUGCGGUUGUUACCAGUGGUGGUGGCGGCGCGGUGGCAGCGAAAAGUGAAAACAAGUGGCAGUGUUGCUGUAUGUUGUCAGUGAAAUAUUACAGUGGAAUUUACUACGCUGAGCUCGCUAAUCCCUUGCAAUGGCCACAGUUCAGGAAAAAGCGACGCCAUGUUGCGUCGCAGAAAAUAACAAGAACACAACUUCUUCUGCUGCACCCCAACCCCGACCCUCUGUCGCUACCUUCAUUUCCACCGUCGAUUCCCCACCUGGUCUUCCUCCCAAAACCGCUUCUACCAAAGGUAUCACAGUGAUGGUAAGAGCUCAAACUAGCCAUCCCUUGGAUCCACUAUCCGCUGCUGAAAUAUCAGUAGCUGUAGCAACUGUUCGAGCAGCUGGGGCAACACCUGAGUUGAGGGAUAGCAUGCGGUUUAUUGAAGUAGACUUGGUAGAACCAGAAAAGCAAGUUGUUGCAUUAGCAGAUGCAUAUUUCUUCCCUCCUUUCCAACCAUCACUGCUACCCAGAACAAAGGGUGGACCUGUGAUUCCAACAAAACUUCCUCCAAGGAAAGCAAGACUAGUUGUUUACAAUAAAAGGUCGAAUGAGACGAGUAUAUGGAUAGUUGAACUCACAGAAGUUCAUGCAACAACUCGAGGUGGACACCACAGAGGCAAAGUUAUUUCAUCUACAGUUGUUCCAGACGUUCAACCCCCAAUGGAUGCUGUGGAAUAUGCUGAAUGUGAAUCUGUUGUAAAGGACUUCCCUCCAUUUCGUGAAGCAAUGAAGAAGAGAGGGAUUGAGGAUAUGGAUCUCGUGAUGGUGGAUCCUUGGUGUGCUGGAUAUCACAGUGAAGUUGAUGCUCCAAGCCGUAGACUUGCAAAACCACUAAUCUUUUGUAGGACUGAGAGUGAUUGCCCUAUGGAAAAUGGUUAUGCACGUCCUGUUGAAGGAAUCCAUGUACUUGUUGACAUGCAAAACAUGGUUGUUCUUGAGUUUGAAGAUCGUAAACUUAUCCCCCUACCACCUGCUGAUCCGCUAAGAAAUUAUACUUCUGGUGAAACCCGGGGAGGAGUUGACCGAAGUGAUGUGAAACCCUUACACAUUAUUCAGCCUGAUGGUUCAAGUUUUCGUGUCAAAGGGCACUUCAUUGAAUGGCAGAAGUGGAACUUUCGCAUUGGAUUCACUCCUAGGGAGGGUUUAGUUAUUUUUUCAGUAGCCUAUAUUGAUGGAAGUCGGGGGCGAAGACCAGUGGCUCAUAGAUUGAGUUUUGUUGAGAUGGUGGUCCCUUAUGGAGAUCCUAAUGAUCCUCACUAUAGGAAAAAUGCUUUUGAUGCUGGGGAAGAUGGCUUGGGGAAAAAUGCUCAUUCUCUCAAGAAGGGUUGUGAUUGUUUAGGCUAUAUCAAGUACUUUGAUGCACACUUCACAAACUUCUAUGGAGGUGUUGAAACAAUUGAGAAUUGUGUUUGCUUGCAUGAGGAAGAUCAUGGUAUUUUAUGGAAGCAUCAAGAUUGGAGAACAGGUUUGGCUGAAGUUCGACGGUCUAGAAGGUUGACAGUAUCUUUUGUAUGCACUGUUGCUAACUAUGAGUAUGGAUUUUUCUGGCACUUUUAUCAGGAUGGGAAAAUAGAAGCUGAGGUCAAACUCACAGGAAUUCUGAGUUUAGGAGCAUUGCAACCAGGUGAAACUCGAAAAUAUGGCACAACUAUUGCACCUGGAUUAUACGCACCUGUCCACCAACACUUUUUUGUUGCUCGUAUGGACAUGGCGGUAGAUUGCAAGCCUGGUGAAGCAUUUAAUCAGGUUGUUGAGGUGAAUGUCAAAGUUGAAGAGCCAGGAGAUAAUAAUGUUCACAACAAUGCGUUUUAUGCUGAGGAAAAACUGCUUAAAUCAGAAUUGGAAGCAAAGCGUGAUUGUGACCCUUUAUCUGCUCGUCACUGGAUUGUUAGGAACACAAGGACUGUAAACAGAACUGGGCACCUAACUGGAUACAAGUUAGUGCCUGGCUCAAACUGCUUACCUUUAGCCGGCUCAGAGGCCAAGUUUUUGAGAAGAGCUGCUUUCUUGAAACACAAUCUUUGGGUCACUCCUUAUGCACGUGAUGAAAUGCAUCCCGGUGGAGAGUUCCCUAAUCAAAAUCCACGCGUUGGAGAGGGUUUGGCUACUUGGGUUAAGCAAAAUCGACCCCUCGAGGAAGCUGAUAUAGUUCUUUGGUACGUAUUUGGAGUAACCCACAUUCCUCGAUUGGAGGACUGGCCUGUUAUGCCGGUGGAACGCAUUGGAUUCAUGCUUAUGCCACAUGGCUUUUUCAAUUGCUCGCCAGCGGUAGAUGUUCCCCCAAACCCAAGUGAUUUGGAUGAUAAGGAGAAUGGCGUGCCUGCCAAGCCUAUUCAGAAUGGGCUAAUUGCUAAGCUCUGAAAGGAUCAUAAGCCUCCACAUUCAGGCUCGAUUUGCCUCUUUGCUUUGUUAUGUUCAAAUAAUUUAAUAUUCGCUACUACUGCUUGUUAAUUAAUCAAUAGUCGUGUCCAAUAAUAAACUGUCUAUUGUAUCAUUUGUGUGUAAACUUGUUAUAUGGCGCAUGGUAACUUAAUGACAUUGGAUUUUAUAUU